AAAGAAGAACGAAAUACUGUUAAACAUUUUGCUCGGCGUAUUAAUGAUUCUGGCAGCUCUGUACUGUGAAUCAAAUUAUAAAACGCUUAACGGAAACUUUAUUCAGACGGUAUUUUCUAUAUCAGGCACCGGUUAAAAAAAAAAACUCUAUAACUCAAUGGUGGGGGGCAGCAUACACGUGGAAAUCGAACUUGGCUCAGCUGUUUUGAUUUUCUUUUAUGUUGGAAAUUUACCCAUUUGACUUUCUCUUCUUCAACCAACGGGACAGAAGAGGGAAAGGAAAAUCAGAAGUUAUUUCGGCAGAUCGUCAAAGACUGAAGAGAGCAUUGAGCGCUAAAGCAUGGAUAACCCUCGCAAGCGUUUGUGCCAAAGAGAUAAAGAAUCAGAAUCUGAAACAGACCAGUUGUAUUUCAAUGGCUAUGCUAGUAUAGAAGUACACGAAGAGAUGCUUAUGGACACUGUCCGCACAAUGACCUACAGGGAGGCAAUUCUCAAGAAUCAGGAAUUAUUUAAAGACAAAGUCAUUGCUGACAUUGGCGCUGGUACAGGAAUUCUUAGUAUAUUUUGCAUUCAUGCUGGUGCCAAGAAAGUGUACGCCAUUGAAGCUAGCAACAUGGUAGUUCAGACACAACUUGUCAUCAAAGAGAAUGGCAUGGACUCAAAGAUAUCUGUGAUAAAAGGAAAAGUGGAGGUAAGACGCCAGGAGGCAAUAUUGUUGCUAGACAGGGUAGAGGCAGGGCACAAUGUUGAUAAAUACAAUAAAGAGAGCAUUUGGGACAAGACACAGCAAUUAAUUUAGAUUACAGUGUUGCCU